AUGGAUCGCGCCACGAGACCCAUGCACGCGGUUGGCGGGAGUGGCUCGGGCACUGAGCGGUUUAACGGAGUUCAUGACUACUUCCACGCCACAAACAAUACUAUCCGGAUGCCCGGUCAAGCGAGCAGUAUCAUUUCCUGUGGGCAACCAUAUCUCCCACCGUCAGGGGGAGUGCGCCACAAUCUGUUGUCCUCAGACAGAGCAUUGAAGAAACCCUUGACGCCACAAGGGUCCGCCGACGGCGGGGGACCCAACAACCAAAAGAAAUCGGGUGUCAAAUCACGGCUCUGA